AUGUCUUCUUCUGAGCCUGGAACUGGAGUAGCUUCCGUCUCAACCACGUUCAGCAACGCGAAGCGGCAAUACCAGCAAUGGCUCGACCGUGUUACACCAUUCGUGCUGUACAGAUGGCUUGGAACAGCAGGGCUGCUGUCUCUGUUUAUGCUUAGGAUCAUGAUAGCGCAGGGAUGGUAUAUUGACGCCCUCGCAAUUUACUUGCUCAACCUCCUCCUCGCAUUCCUUCAGCCAAGAUUCGACCCAUCUUUGCAAGAAGACUUGCUUGCAGACGAGAUUGAGGGAGGUGGUGAGGAUACGACUGCGACACUGCCUUCGCAAAGAGACGACGAAUUUAGGCCGUUCGUCAGACGAUUGCCAGAAUGGCAAUUCUGGCUAUCUUCGACGCGGGCCAUGAUCCUCGCUAUACUCUGCACGUUCUCCGAAGUCACUGAUGUACCCGUGUACUGGCCGAUUCUGGUCGUGUACUUCCUCGUCCUAUUCGCCCUCACGAUGCGCCGUCAAAUACAACACAUGAUCAAGUAUAAAUAUAUUCCGUUCGAUUUCGGUCGUAAAGUACGUUACGGUAGUCAUUAG